UGACUCUGCUUCAUGACUUUCUCUUUAUUCAGUAUAAAGCCAGUUGGACAGUGUGAAGAAAAGCGAAGUGGCUAUGUUGAACCUCACAAUCUUCUGCUGGUUGAGUCUUAGUGUGGUGCAGGUGGCAUCAGGUCUGGUCCACACUAACCGCAUGGAGGACUCUCGUCUCAACCUGGAAAGAACAGACAAGUCAUUACUUCCAUUGAUCACUGUACAAGACUCGGUUCGCAGAAUGGACCCGUUAUAUUCCAGAAUCGAUUCAGUUGAGGAACAACUAAUGGCUGAUCCAGGUUCUUUUGAUGAGUACCCACAGGAUAUGGCAGAUGUAGUGCAGCUUCAGAGGAGAGGCACACGUUCCCCAGGCCGAUGCAUCCCACACCAGCAGUCCUGUCUGGGUCACCAGCUGCCCUGCUGUGACUCCUGCGAUACCUGCUACUGCCGCUUCUUCAAAGCCUUCUGCUACUGCCGCAGCAUGGAUCAUGCCUGCAAACAUGGGCGUGCCUAGCACCGACUACUGACUAUGCCACUUUUGGCUGUAUUUUUGCAAAUUAUAUGCAGGU